GGUGCAAACAGUCCGGUCAGCUGACUUUGCCAAGUGCGCCGUCAUCCAGGCUAUAAGCGCUCGACCUCUGGGCGCUCCGGUCCGACCCGGCCGCCGCCACCAUGCAGCCCCCCAGCGUGCUGCUGCUCGUUCUCGGCCUGCUGGCCGCGUCCACCGCCGCGCUCAUCAGAAUCCCGCUGUACAAGUUCACGUCUGUGCGCCGAACCAUGUCGGAGUCGGGGGGCCCCGUGGAAGAUCUGAUUGCCAAGGGCCCCAUUUCGAAAUACGCCCAAGGAGUGCCCACUGUGACUGGGGGGCCCAUUCCCGAGAUACUGAAGAACUACCUGGACGCCCAGUACUACGGGGAGAUCGGCAUUGGGACGCCCCCACAGUGCUUCACGGUCGUCUUCGACACCGGUUCCGCCAACCUGUGGGUCCCCUCGAUCCACUGCAAGCUGCUGGACAUCGCCUGCUGGCUCCACAACAAGUAUAACAGCGGCAAGUCCAGCACGUACGUCAAGAAUGGCACGUCCUUCGACAUCCACUAUGGCUCCGGCAGCCUCUCCGGGUACCUGAGCCAGGACACCGUGUCGGUACCCUGCCAGACUCCGACCGUGGCUGGCGUCAAGGUGGAGAGGCAGAUCUUCGGUGAGGCCAUCAAGCAGCCGGGCAUCACCUUCAUUGCUGCCAAGUUCGACGGCAUUCUUGGCAUGGCCUACCCCCGUAUCUCCGUUGACGACGUGCUCCCCGUCUUUGAUAACCUGAUGAAGCAGAAGUUGGUGGAGAAGAACAUCUUCUCCUUCUACCUGAACAGGGACCCUAACGCGCAGCCCGGGGGCGAGCUGAUGCUGGGUGGCACGGACUCCAAGUACUACCAGGGCUCCCUGUCCUACCUGAACGUCACCCGCAAGGCAUACUGGCAGGUUCACAUGGACCAGGUGGACGUGGGCACCAGCCUGACUCUGUGCAAGGGGGGCUGUGAGGCCAUCCUGGACACGGGCACCUCCCUCAUGGUGGGCCCCGUGGACGAGGUGCGCGAGCUGCAGAAGGCCAUUGGGGCUGUGCCGCUGAUCCAGGGCGAGUACAUGAUCCCCUGCGAGAAGGUGUCCACCCUGCCCGAGGUUACUCUGAAGCUGGGGGGCAAAGGGUACAAGCUGUCUUCGAAGGACUACACGCUCAAGGUGUCGCAGGGCGGGAGGACCAUAUGCCUGAGCGGCUUCAUGGGUAUGGACAUCCCCCCACCCGGUGGGCCACUCUGGAUCCUGGGUGACGUCUUCAUCGGCCGCUACUACACCGUGUUCGACCGGGACGAGAACCGGGUGGGCCUGGCCGAGGCCACCAGGCUGUAGCCGCCCCGCCCGCCGCGGAGGAGGGAGUCCAGGAGGAGGAGGCCGGCCGCCCCCGCCCUCCUGGCCGCCCCACCACACACUUUCACACUCACACCCCGGCUCCGGCCCGCUGAUUUCUUCUGCGGUUUUCCCCAGCCCUGGUUGUGGAAGUCCCGCCCACACACCCGUCUGUCCGUCUGUCUGUCUGUCUGUCUGAUGGAGGGCCGGGUGCGGGCAGCAGCCGUGGGCUGAUCAGCACGGAGCCACUGCACUAACUCGGAAGACUGGGCCCCACUUUGCAGCCGGCCCCCCUUUGUAUCCCAGGACCCGUCCCCCGGGUCGUCCCCCGCCUCCCCAGCCCUGGGGGCCUGGCUGCCCAGGCAGGGCCUCUGGACUAAGCCCACACCCUGUGCCAGGCUGCUCUCUGGGUUCCUCCUCUGCCCGGCCUGGGGUCCCGGCCCCACCCGUGCUUCUGCGUGGGCCCGUCGAGGAAGGGCCAGCCGAGGCCCGAGGACAAGCAGGAAGGGGUUGGAAGGGUAGGGGCUCAGAGACCAAAGCCAGCCUUGUGACACGUGUGGGUCAUCCUGCGGCUUGACCUCGUCCAGGAGGGCGCUCAUGGGUCCAGGGUUGGGGAAAAAGGGGAAGGGGGCUGGUGCCACCGUCUCUGGUGGCUGGGAGCCAAUGUUGAUGUGAAAAUACAGUUGUUUGGGCCUCUUU